GAUUAAAGUUUCAAUUGUCAAAAUUUCGCGCCAAUACCAACCAAAUUCCAUUUCUAUUUAAUAACAGUCAAAUAUAUAAUACAUAACAAGUGUUAAUUUUGAAUGCAUAUUUAACUGACUUAAAGAAGAUGUCGACUCCUUCAAAGCGUCCAUCUUCUCGUGCAUCUUCUGAUGCACCUACACCAUCUCGACGAACCAGAUCUUCUCAACAACUUGUUGUGCCCGAAACUCCUCAACGAUCAACCGGUACACCUUCAAAAGAUGGAACUCCUGGUACUCCUGGUACUCCUCGUCAAACUCCACGAACUCCUAAUCAACAAGCUCCAGGUACCUCGCCAGCUCGAGCGCUGCCAUCCAGCCCACUUGGAACUGACAUAGAUAUGAGUUCCCCCCUCAACUAUGGAACACCAAGUUCAUUAAGCACUCCACGUUCCUUACUGCGAGGAGCAAUGACUCCAGCGAGACAGAGAGCUGAUCUGAGAGGUCAUCAAUCAGGACCAAAUGUACCAGCCCCUACUCCUACAAGGAGGGUAGAAGCAGGUGAACCAGAAGUAUCAAGUGAACCUCAAUUAGUAGUGUGGGGUACCGACGUAGCGAUUGCUGAAUGUAGGGAGAAGUUCAUUAAAUUCAUACAAAGAUUUGUUGAACCAACUGCACUAACUAAUGAGCCUUUAUAUGAACUGAAGUUAGAGGAAAUUUUCACAUUAGAGGAACCAUUUUUGGAUGUUGACUGUGAACAUGUAAAGAUAUUUGAUUCAAAACUACAUAGGCAACUUGUGUGCUAUCCCCAGGAAGUGAUCCCGGCAUUUGAUGCUGCUGUAAAUGAGCUGUUUUUUGAAAAAUAUCCUGCAGCCGUUUUGGAACAUCAAAUACAAGUACGACCCUUCAAUGCCCCUCAGAGACAUAUGAGAGAUCUAAAUCCAGAAGAUAUCGAUCAGCUGGUGACAAUAUCAGGAAUGGUGAUCCGCACGUCGGGCAUCGUGCCGGAGAUGCGCGAGGCGUACUUCCGGUGCGCGGUGUGCGGCGCGGCGGCGGCGGGCGAGCUGGAGCGCGGCCGCGUGCCCGAGCCGGCGCACUGCGCGCACUGCACCACGCAGCACAGCUUCCAGCUCAUACACAACCGCUCGCACUUCAGUGACAAGCAGCUCGUCAAGCUGCAGGAGGCCCCAGACGACAUGCCGGCGGGGCGCACGCCGGCCACGGUGAGCGUGCUGGCGCACGGCGCGCUGGUGGAGCAGGUGGGCGCGGGCGAGCGCGUGGCCGUGACGGGCGUGUUCCGCGCCGCGCCCGCCGCCGUCAACCCGCGCCGCGCCACGCUCAAGGCGCUGCACCGCACGCACCUCGACGCGCUGCACUACAAGAAGGCGCACAACGAUCGCUUCCUGGAAACCGAGGAAGGCAAAGAACAUCAGUUUCCUCCAGAACGUGUAGAGUUGUUCAAGGCACUGGCGUCUCAGCCAGAUUGUUACGAAAGACUCGCCCGUGCCAUAGCACCUUCGAUUUACGAAAACCUUGAUAUUAAGAAAGGUGUACUGCUGCAACUUCUCGGUGGUACUAAAAAAAACUUCAAUGCAGCUGGAAGGACACAUUUUAGGUCGGAGAUCAAUAUCCUCCUGUGCGGCGACCCGGGCACGAGCAAGUCGCAGCUGCUGCGCUGGGUGCACGCGCUGGUGCCGCGCGCGCAGUACACGUCCGGCCGCGGCUCGUCCGCCGUCGGCCUCACCGCCUACGUCACCAAGGACCCCGACACGCGCCAGUUGGUCCUCCAAACGGGUGCGUUAGUUUUAGCUGAUAAUGGUAUAUGCUGUAUUGAUGAGUUUGACAAGAUGAAUGACUCCACUCGAAGUGUACUUCAUGAAGUGAUGGAGCAACAAACUCUAUCAAUAGCAAAGGCGGGUAUAAUAUGUCAACUCAACGCGCGAACGUCGAUACUGGCCGCCGCCAACCCCGCUGAGUCGCAAUGGAAUAAAAACAAAACUAUUGUUGAAAAUGUACAACUACCCCACACACUCAUGUCCAGAUUCGACUUAAUAUUCUUAGUGUUAGACCCACAAGAUGAAAUUUUUGACAGAAGACUCGCAUCUCAUCUUGUGUCGUUGUACUACAAAGAUCCAACUGAAACUCAGGAAGAUGAUGAUGCUGUUAACAUGAGUCUAAUGCGCGACUACAUCGCUUUCGCCAAGGAGCACGUGCAGCCCACACUCAGCGAGCCCGCGCAGCAGAGACUCAUCGACGCGUACGUGGACAUGAGACGAGUUGGCAGCGGGCGAGGGCAGAUAUCUGCAUAUCCGAGACAGCUGGAAUCUCUCAUACGGUUAGCGGAGGCGCACGCGAGAGUGCGACUGUGUCCUGUAGUUGAAAUUAUAGAUGUGGAUGAAGCGGCUAGACUGCACCGCGAAGCGCUGAAGCAGUCGGCCACGGACCCGGCGUCGGGGCGCAUCGACGUGGGCAUCCUCACGACGGGGCUGGGCGCGGCGGCGCGGCGGCGGCGCGCGGAGCUGGGCGCGGCGCUGCGCGCGCUGCUGGAGCCCGUGCGCCGCCCCGCCACGCUCACGCACGCGCGCCUGCUGCAGGACGUCAACACCAACUCGCAGAUCACGGUAACACGGGAACAAUUAGAUGAAGCACUCCGCGAUUUGCAGGACGAAGGAAAAGUCGUAGUCGUCAGUCACACACAUGUACGAAUAUGUUAAUAUGAAAACCACAAAAAAAAAAAUCUGUAAGAACGAACUCAAAACUUGAGGUAUAACUCGAAAGUGUAAGAUAUGCGACCAAGCAUA